CAUCAAUCAAUCGAGACGUCAAAAAAGUUUAGUUUCUCUUGUCGUUGGCAUAAAAAUGAUGGUUCGUAUACAGUGAGCUAUUUGAGUUUGUAUCGAUAUGCAACUCGUUGGGAUGUAUUCGUUAUAGUUCUUGGCAUCAUUUUUACAUUUUUCAAAGCCUUAGCACUGCCCUGGAUAAUUAUUGUGUACGGCGAAUUUACAUCACUGCUGGUUGAACGAAUUUAUGGCAUUGGAACAAGUUCACCGACGUUGAUGCUACAGUGGUUCGGGGGCGGACGUAUAUUAGCGAAUGCGACCAUCGAAGAGAAUCGACAAGAAAUCAUCAAUGAUUCGAUUGCAUAUGGAAUUCUAUCGUUAAUUGCAACAUUAUGGCAGUUUAUCAAUGGAAUAUUCUGCGUUGAUUGCUUUAAUCGGACGGCUAUACGGCAAGUUACGCGCAUUCGCGUUAAAUAUUUCGAGUCAUUGAUGCGACAGGAGGUCGCAUGGUAUGAUGAGUUCGGGGGAAAGACUAAUUUUACCGUUCGCAUCACCGAAGAUAUUGAAAAGAUUAAAUCUGGUCUUGCGGAAGAUGUGAGCCACUUCUUGUUUUUGGUAUUUUCAUUUGGGAUAUGUGUAACCAUUUCAUUUGUUUAUGGAUGGCAGUUGACACUUAUCGUCAUUUCGUACCUUCCAAUUGUUUUCCUCGUCAACAUCAUCGUCGGUAAGGUAAAUUUCUAAAUGAAUCGAGUUAAU